AUGCAGAAGCUUGUGCUGAGGAAGUCGUUGGCACAUGGAGGGCUCAUCCGAGGCCUUCACGAAAGUGCCAAGGUGAUUGAGAAGCAUGUAGCUCAGCUGUGUGUGUUGGCAGAGGGCUGCGACCAACCCGACUAUGUCAAAUUGAUUAAAGCACUCUGCGCUGACCACAAUGUAAACCUCAUCACCGUUCCAAGUGCAAAGACUCUAGGCGAAUGGGCUGGUUUGUGCAAGAUUGAUUCAGAAGGGAAAGCAAGGAAGGUUGUGGGUGCCUCGUGUGUUGUCGUGAAGGAUUAUGGAGAGGAAACUGAAGGUCUCCACAUUGUUCAGGAGUACGUGAAGUCUCACUAA